UUGGGGUUCAGAGGGUUUGGUACCACUUUGGUUGCAUUCAUGUCCUGAUCCAACUUUGAGCAUAAUUCUUCCUCUUUAGCUUUAUCUGAUAUCAGCAUCUCCGGCGACAGCACGGUGACGAUGGGCAAACUGUACACCUUCGUAUGCUUCGCUCAGUGCAUCCCUCAAUGCACCUUCACCUGGACCUACAUGGGGAAGACUUUCGAGGGCGACAAAGUCCAGAUACCCAUACUGAACAAGGGGCAGACAGCAAAUGUCGAGAGUCGCAUAGAGAUCACCGUCAGCGACUCUUCUACAACUGAAUCUCUCACCUGUCAGGCCUCGAACCCAGGGACGCAUCAAACCAUCACCACAACCAAGAACCUCACCGUCAUCGAUCCCAUCUCAGUUCGUCCCUCCUCUCAGGCUCUACCGGUAGCAGAGACAACCUUCACCCUGCAGUGCAUCGGAUCUCAGAAUCCAGCCUCCAUCACGUGGCUGAAGAACAAACAGCCGAUGACGGCUUCAGAAAGAAUUAGUUUCUCUGCUGACAACAGCUCGGUGACCUUCAGUCCUCUGCUGCAGACAGACGACGGUUUAUACCAGUGUGUGGUUUCAGAAGUCGACACUCCGAUAAAGUCUGUCGGCUACCAGAUGCUAGUAGACUAUGGACCGUCCUCAGUGGUGAUCAGUGGGGUCGAUGUGGUGACUGUGGGGAUACUUUAUGGUUUCCAGUGCUCAGCCAGCUGUUACCCCAACUGUACAUUCACCUGGAUCUGGGGAAACUCCACCUCUGAGGGCUCUGAGUUCAGCCUGAAGCUCAGUGAACUGCAGUCAGCACAGAACCUGACCUGCACGGCUGUAAAUCCUGCUACUGGAGAAUCAGUCACUGCUCAGAAGACACUGCAAGUCACAGCUGGACCAUCCAACAUCCAGAUCAUCGGUCCAACCUUCCUCACUGCAGGAAUUACGUCAAACUUCAGCUGCUCUGCUCACUGCUUCCCCUCCUGCAGCUACUCCUGGACUGGUACCUCCAUAGAAGAAGAAUUCAGCUCUGAACAAGGAAGCACAAUCUCCAUCAGUCCGACUAACACCACCACCUUUGAGAAUCUCACCUGCAAGGCUCAGGACACGGUGUCACAACAAUACAUCUCAAAGAGUCUGGCUCUGCUGGUGGCAAUUGGGCCAACCAAGGUGGAGAUGGUGAAAGCCAACAACAUGCUGGUUCCUGAGGUUCUGUACGUUCUGCCUGGAUCUACAACGGAGCUGCAGUGUUUGACCGACUGCUUCCCCACCUGCUCCAUCACCUGGUUUUACAACAACACACUCCUGGCUACAAACGCCUCCAUACUGUUCACACCUGACACUUCUCAAUACACGACUGACCUUACCUGUGUGGCUUCUAACCCGCUGUCAAAGGAAAACAAAACAGCUGAGACCACAGUUGUUGUUCCGGAUGGACCUAAAGACGUGGUCAUUUCAGGGCCAGACUCUCUUGACAUCGGGGUCACAGUGAGUUUUAAAUGCUCAGCCGAGUGCACUCCGUCCUGCAGCUUCACGUGGACUCUGUAUGGUAACGACAUAAAAGGUGAUGUUAUUGACAUCACCGUGAACCGACACAUUUCCAGUGAAUCCAUCAGCUGCCGGGCUGAGAACACCGUCACUGAGAGGACGGCGACGGUCAACGAGACGCUCGGUGUGUCAGAACUUCAGUGGUGCGGCUGUUGAGAUGUUAGACGAACUGUGUGAACCAGUUUCUCCUGUUAGCGGCUGAGCGCACACACGUAAACGUUGGUUAUCUUUGUUAUCAAUGAUCCUAAGCGUAUGGCUGUAUUUGCUUGUGCUCUCUGACCAGGGUGGUUCCCUGCCUUCGACACAAAGCAUGCUGGGAUAACCUCUGUGUGACCUGAACACGAGAUUAGACCUGCAUUGAAACAAAGAGUGUGCUUAGUUAUGAACUACAUAAAGCUCGUCUAAUUUCAAUCACAAUCUAUUCCCAUUUGUCUUGAUGUCAUUAAUAAACAAUGAGCUGCUUUAAUGAUUA